AUGGAGGAAUAUAACAAACAAAUUUCUUAUGGAGCACCUAGGUCUUAUAGUGUUUCCUAUGCACAAACUCAAAUUGGUCCUAAGGACUUGAAGUUUAAGCAAGGAAAAAGUGAUUCAUCAAGGUCUUCAAUUUCUAAGUCUUGGAGCUUUGGUGAUGAUCCUGAAUUUCAAAGGAAGAAAAGGGUUGCUAGCUAUAAAAUGUAUACUGUGGAAGGAAAGGUGAAAGGCUCUUUUAGGAAGAGCUUCAAGUGGUUGAAGAAUAGGUAUUGGCAUGUUGUUUAUAACUUGUGGUGA